CUAGUAGUAGUACCCAGAAUAAUAACCCCUUCUCCCAGCCACCGGAUUCAUUGAUAUCGUCUAUUAAUGUCAAACCCUAUUACUUGAUAGUUUCACCUGUCAAUUGGAAAAUCAUCAAUGGAUUCAUCAUCAAUCGGUGAGAGCGUGAUGGUGGUGAUGGAUAGAAACAGGGGAAAAGCAAGUCUAGAUGCUUUAGAAUGGGCUAUUAAGUAUAUCGUUGGCCCAAAUGACACCGUCGUCGUUCUCGGAGUCUUACCGGAGAUCGGCAAGAAAGCUGCCCCUUCUUGUUUACCCUUUAACGUCGGCAUUGGCACCUCCGGCAUCUGGAUGAAACUCGAGUUCUCAACCUCAGGACCGGGCGAAAUGACACCGUCGGAACUCCAAGAAGAGAUUGGGAGAAAGAAAAGAGAAUACCAAAAAUUUCUUCAGCCCUACUACCACAAUUGUAAGAAGAGAGAGGUGACCUUAGAUAUAAGACUAGCUGCAGGGUAUGAAUCCAAGAAGAUAGCCGUCGAAGAAGCACAAAAGCUGGAUCCUCGAUGGAUCGUGUUAGACGAAUACUUGAAGAAAGAUAAAGAAUAUAUACACAGGAACGUAGACUGUCACCUGGCUUUGUUGAAGGCGAAGGGCGUAGCAACCUUAAUCCCGUCAAAGAUCACAGGUCCUGAGUGCAAAGAAUGGCAAACCGUGUGUAGAAAAAUCGAUGAUCAAGCUUUCAUUGCCGAAGACACUGUGAAAGAACCACAUUCACCAAAACAAACUCCACCAAUUCCGUGUUCAUACCCGUUGUCAUGGAGAACAGGUUUCCCAAGAGCCUUCUCUUUGGCCGAAAUUGAAGAAAUGACAAAUGGAUUUAAAGAUAUUGCUCUUAAGGAUCAACAUAAGAUAAUGUACAAAGGUGUUUUCGAAGAAUUUCCUGUUGUCGUCAUGCGUUUCCCUGCCGAUGAUCAAGCGGUUUCUUUACUCAAAAUCGUGUCUCGGGUUCGCCACAGAAACAUCUUGAAUUUGGUUGGUUAUUGUUGCAUUGGCGAUUCGAUCUUUUUGCUCUGUGAUUGUCCCAAAGCGUCACUUGAAUUGUGUUUGCUGUGUGAUAAUUCAGCAGCAAACCUUUCGUGGGAUGCUCGGUGGGGUAUUGCUCUACAGAUCGGUGAAGGGAUUCGGUACCUUCACGAGGAGUUUGUAGAUGGCUCGAUUGUGAACUUGUCCGUUUGUUCGGCUAACGUCGCGCUUAACAGUGGUUCCUCUGCAAUGCUUUGCAUUUACGAUACGACAGCAAAGCAGCUGAACGUAGACGACGAUCCUCUGAAGGAACUCCAGUCAGUGAAAUGCGAGAAUAUCGACACAAACGAGCAACUGAGGGCGGAUAUUAAAGAUUACGGGGUACUGUUGUUAGAGCUCAUAACGGGACAGAAUAAACGAUUGUUUUCAAAAGACGGUCAAUGCCUCGUUGAUUGGGCACUAUCGCAUCUAGAGAAGAAUUUGCUAAGCCCAUUGUUGGAUCCAAGGUUAUCCGAACCGGGUGAUCGUGAAGUGGCUCAUAUGGCAAAAGCCGCAUUCGCAUGUUUGAAGACCGACUCGAGCCACAAUCUUACAAUAAGCAAGGUGUUAGCAGUUGCGCGUGGAAAUCAAUAAACGGAAUCCCUAAUAUCAUCGUCCAUGUUUUUUCAGUGUUGUAAAUACCAAACCCGAAGCGAUCAAUAAUAGCUACUUCAUGUUAUUGUAUCUGUAUUUCAUGUGACGAAAGUUGUAUAUGCGUGUAAGAUUUGUAUCGGAAAAACAUU